UUGUUUGUAAGGUAGCUUUGCUAAAACUUUGUGCUGAAACUGAAAGCUGGACUGUCGGACUUCUUUGUAUGCAGCAUCUCUUGUAGGCAGCAUGGAACUAAUUAUGAUCAACUUGUCUGGUAUGAAAACGUUGACUGAAGUGAGCUGGCGUUUUCCUCGGAGCCUUCGAUGAGCUGACAGACGAAAACUACAGAAGAUAACAGAAACCCUCAGAGGUUGAGUUCGCUGCUACAAUCAUGUCGGCAGACACAGAGCCGGACCCCCCACAGUUUGUGAAUCCUCCGCCUCCUGAGGUGACCAACCCCGACAGGCCAGGCCGGAGGACCAACCAGCUUCAGUACAUGCAGAAUGUAGUGAUCAAGUCCCUGUGGCGGCACCAGUUCACUUGGCCUUUUUACCAGCCUGUUGAUGCAGUCGCUCUUGGACUUCCGGAUUAUCAUACAAUAAUAACGUCUCCCAUGGAUUUGGGAACCAUCAAGAAACGACUGGAGAACAACUACUAUUGGAGCGCGGCCGAAUGUAUGCAAGACUUCAACAGGAUGUUCACCAACUGCUACGUGUAUAACAAGCCUACAGAUGACAUAGUGCUGAUGGCACUCGCCGUGGAAAAGGUUUUCUUGCAAAAGGUCGCUCAGAUGCCACCGAGGGAGGUGGAGAUUUUUCCUCAUGCUGCCAAAGGGAAGGGCAAAAAAAGUAGCACUCAAGGUGGGCAGAAUGGAAGUAUGACGACAUGUUCCUCAGUUACAACCUCCAGUUCGUCCUCAAUGCCCGAAUGCCCUUCACAAACUGCCUCAAAAAAAGGGCUGAAGCGGAAGUUCAACGCCAACACUGAUUUGUCCUCAGCAGUCAUAACCAGUUUGAGUGAUCCAUCGGGAAGUAAGAGGAGAAGUGAAAGCCGAGUCAGCAGUCCCUCUGAGAAGCACUUUGGAGAAAAGGAGUUGCCACAGCGAGAAAGUGAGCAGCUCAGUUAUUGCAACGACAUCCUGAAGGAAAUGCUGUCUAAGAAAUACGUCGCCUACGCCUGGCCUUUCUACAAGCCCGUCGACGCCGAAGCUCUGGAGCUGCACGAUUACCACGACAUCAUCAAAUACCCCAUGGACCUCGGCACUGUUAAACAAAAGAUGGAGAGAGGAGAGUACCAGGAUGCACAAAGCUUUGCUGCAGAUGUCAGGCUCAUCUUUUCCAACUGCUACAAGUACAACCCUCCAAAUCACUAUAUUGUCACCAGGGCCAGAAAACUCCAGGGCGUGUUUGAGCAGAAGUUUGCAAAGAUGCCAGAUGAACCUGUGGAGCUGCUUACGCCGAGGAGCGCCGGGUCCGCUAAGAGUGCAGGUUUUAGUGGAGUGGCUGCCAACAGCUCCUUCAACUUCGACAAAUCAGACUCCACAGAGGAGCGUGCCACCCGACUUGCUGAGUUGCAAGAACAGGUGGGUGCAGAACAGCUCAAAGCUGUUCACCAACAGCUCUCUGCGCUCACUGAAGUCCCUGUGAUAAAACCAAAGAAGAAAAAGGACAAAGACAAGAGAGAGGACAGCAGGCAACAUAAAAGCAGGGAGUCGUGGAAGGAAAGCAAAUGGGAUUCAGAGGAUGAAUCUCUGCAGAUGACGUACGAGGAGAAGCACCAGCUGAGCCUUGACAUUAACCGGUUACCUGGCAUUAAGCUGGGCCGUGUGGUGCACAUCCUUCAGACACGAGAGCCCUCAAUGCGUGGCACGGACCCAGAUGAGAUUGAGAUUGACUUUGAGAUACUGAAGCCAUCCACUCUGCGGGAGCUGGAGCAAUACGUGAGGUCUUGUCUUUAUAAGAAGUUCAAAAAAUUUCAAAAAAAAAGCAGGGAAGCUGCGUCUCAUCACGUCAACUGCAGCAGUUCGUCUGAUUCUGCCACAAGCAGCUCGACUGACUGCAGUUCAGAAGACAGUGACUCGCGACAGCUAUAAUAAUUUAAUUUAUUUCUUCUUUUGGCACAAAAAGAAAACACUUCACAGCUGUUAAACAUGCU